AUGUCUCUGAAUCCUGAAUUCAAAUUCGCAAAGCUUCCAUGGAUUGCCGGUCGAAGUUUAUUCAAACACUCAUCUGUCGCCGAUUUAAUGAACAUCGCCCAAGCUACUCAGUCUACUGAUUGGCUAACUGAGUUCACAAGUGUUCCCACCAAGUUCUCCGUCGAUUUCAUAUCAUACGGUGCCGGCUCACAGGACCACUGGGAGAUCCGGAUGAACUUCGCGGAUAAUGACUCAUCCAUCUGGUACCUCUGGCCGAACACUCCCAAAACUUGGGGAAUCGAAAAACCUAAUAAUCCUGCCGACCCAAUCAUUCUACACUCCUUUAUGAUUGGGUUCCACAGAACAUUCGUCGAUGUUGUGGAUUGGUUGGAGAAGCUGUUCAACUGCAAUGUCAAAAAAGUGGACACUCUCCUGUGGAAAAACGCUAAGAAGGUCUCGAUGCAUGACAGAUGCACUUAUUCGGCGUUUUUGAAUGAUCUUUGGCCAACGAGACAUGCAAAAGGAUUCCGCACUUUCAUCCAUCACGUGGAGUAUGAAAAUCCUAGGAGGGACAUCAGUUACGAGUGUCUAUCCUCUCUGGACUACAAAACGGCCAGUCUCGAUUUCACAACUCUGGAUAACCAAGAAAUCAAGAAAUACAUUGAAAACCUGAUGGCAUCAGAAAUAUCUACAAAUUUCCAAGUUUUGGUAGCACGAAUCCCGGAUUGGACGAAGAAAGAAGUGAAGAACUUCGGACAGCAUUUUAAUCUGGAGCCCUACAAUGGACUAGCGCUGGUAUACACCCACUUCUCUCCAGAAUGGGAAAAUCGUUAUCGUUAUAAUUUGACACGUCCAGUAUUUCAAUACAACCAAAAUGAGGAAACGGUGCUGGUUUUCAGUUUUUCGAAAAAGUCCGGAGUGAAGACAUCUAGUCAUAUGGCAGUGGUGGCACGGACAGUGGCAGCGGUGGCACGGAUGAGAAACGGUGGAUUUCCGGGAAGAGAAGCAAUCAAUUUUGAGAUAGAGUACACUUUGGGACAAUUUCCAAUGGAUUUCGAAUCUGAGGAUGAAGACGUGGAUCCACGAGUCCCACCAAAUUUUAAUCAAGCAAUUGAAAAUAUAAGAAGGGUCAAAUUUCAAAAGUUUUUAUUUUCGGCCAUAAUUCGAUAG